UGGGCUGGGGAGAGAGCCGGCUGGCUCCUGCUGUGGCUUAUGGCAUGCUCCUCUGUUUCAGCCAGAAGAUGUCCUGGGCCUUGCAGUGCCAGAGCCGCCUGCCCUGGAGCAGCUGGACACGGCUGCGUGGAUCCCUGACAGAGCGGAGGGAGGCCAGGCGAGCAUACCUGACUGCUGCAUCGGUGCCAGGCACUGCCAGCAGCUCCUUCCUCAGGAAGACUCUCUGUGCAGAUCACACGUCCCACCCCAGGCCCUUCCUCUUCCUAGAGGCCAUCAAGAAGCACCAGAAGAGUUUGUCUGCAUGGUUCAGCCACCAGCCAAAUGAGGAGAGGCAGUUUGGCCCUUCCUUCUCGCUAGAUGCAGUCCACGUAGACCCAGUGAUCCGGGAGAGCUCCCUGGAGGAGAUUUUGAAGCCUUCACCUGACCUGACCAUCCAGCACCAGCUCCAGCAACCCUGCAGCCGUGUAAUCAGCCUCCAGAACCUCUUUGACGUGGAUGCCUGCGGGCGGCAGGUGAAGACAGUGGUGCUGUUUGGUACUGUGGGCACGGGGAAGAGCACUCUCAUCAAGAAGAUGGUGGUGGACUGGUGCCAUGGACGCCUUCCCCACUUUGAACUGGUCAUCCCCUUCUCCUGUGAGGAUCUGUCCCAGAGCCACAGUCCCAUCUCCCUGCGACGUCUAAUCAUCAAGAAGUACCAGCACCUCCGGGAUGUGGUGCCAAUGCUGGGCGCUUCCAACCUCAGGAUGCUUUUUAUCCUCAAUGGCCUAGAGCGUCUCAACUUAGACUUUCGUCUGGCUGGCACAGAGCUAUGCUGUGAUCCCAAUGAGCCCGUGCCUCCCACUGCCAUCGUGGUCAACCUGCUGCGGAAAUACCUCCUGCCAGAGGCCAAUAUCAUCGUCACCGCACGUCCAUCAGCCGUGCGACGGAUCCCAGGCAAGUACGUGGGCCGCUAUGCAGAGAUCUGUGGUUUUUCCGACACCAACCUCCAGAAGCUGUACUUCCAAAUGCGCUUGAGCCAGCCUGACUGCACUGGAGAAGAUGGCAGUGGUAACAGCCCAGGGAGUGGAUUGGGUGAGCAAGACAACCUGGUGGAGAUGUUGUCGAGGAACCUGGAGCGCCACAACCAAAUUGCUGCCGCCUGCUUCCUGCCCUCUUACUGCUGGCUAGUCUGCACAACACUGCACUUCCUCUACUUCACCAAGACGGUACCUCCCAGUCAGACCCUAACUGGUAUCUACACUAGCUUUCUGAGGCUCAACUUCAGUGGGGAGGUGCUGGAUAGCACUGAUCCGAACAACAUCUCCAUGAUGAAGUAUGUGGCCAAGACGGUGGGCAAGCUGGCCCACGAAGGGGUGAUGUCCCGCAAGACCUGCUUCUCGGAGGAGGACCUGCAGCAAUGCUUUGAGGUAAAGAUGAAGACUGAAAGUGAGCUCAACCUCCUGGAGGUUUUCCGCAGUGAUGUCUUCCGCUUCUUCCUCACACCAUGUGUGCAACCAGGCAAAGAGCACACCUUUAUUAAGAAGACCCUGGCACAGCGGGUAGGGAAGGAGUUGUCAGAGAUCUUUGGCAAGGUAAGUGAAGAUAUUGUCGUGGUUCUGAACAUCAUCUCCAAGGUGCUGCCAUUGCGCUUCCUGCCAGUGCUUCUUAACUUGCUCAAAAUUUUCCCUCGCUACUUCUCGCGGCUGAGUGGCAAGGACCGAGACACUAUUGCCCGAACCAUGGCAGAGGAGAUGUUCAAAGAGGAGGACUAUUUCAAUGACGAUGUCUUGGAUCAGAUCAAUUCCAGCAUCUUGGGCACGGAGGGCCCCAUGCGCCACCCUGACGAGUGGGUCUCUGACGAUGAGGUGUUUGAACUUUUCCCCAUUUUCAUGGGUGGGAUCCUGUCCCGCCGUAACCGUGCCAUCCUGGAGCAGCUAGGCUGCUCCAUCAAGAAUUUGGCAGCCUUUGAAAUUGCCAAGGCCAUGAAGAAGACAGUCAUCAGGAACAGCCGUAAAGGACUGCCCCCUUCUGAACUGAUGGACUACCUUUUCUUCCUGCAUGAGUUCCAGAACGAACGCUUCACAUCUGAGGCCAUCCGCUCUCUCCGGACUGUCAACCUCUCAUCAGUCAAGAUGACCCCUCUAAAGUGCUCUCUCCUGGCAUCUGUCAUGUGUACAACGUGCCAUGACGUGGAGGAACUGAACCUGACCUCCUGCAAUCUUGAUACCAGCAGCCUGAGGACCCUCUUCCCUGUCCUGCUGCGGUGCAAGGCUCUCCAUUUGCAGCUGAACAGCCUGGGUCCUGAUGCCUGCAAGGAAAUCCGUGACCUGCUCCUGCAUGACAAAUGUGUGGUGAGCAACCUGCGGCUGGCAAACAACCCUGUGGGUGAGCAGGGGGCACAGUUCCUGGCCGAGGCGCUGGCAGGCAACCGUUCGCUGACCCGCCUGUCCCUGCUGCACACAUCGCUGGGGGACCGGGGCGUUGAGGUCAUCACUGAACAUCUGGCCAAGAACAAGCACCUUCAGGAGCUCAACCUGGGCUACAACUCUCUGACGGACACGGCUGCCCUGGCGCUUGUGGAGGUGGCCAAAAAGCACGCAACGCUGAACACAGUGCACCUGUACUUUAACGACAUCAGCGAAGAAGGCAAACGGGAGCUUCACACACUACGCGUGGAUCGAGAUGGCAUCAGGGCGCUGGUCUUCCUUACAGCGGGCACUGAUGUCUCUGACUACUGGUCCAACAUCCUGAGCAUAGUGCACAAGAACCUGCCUUUCUGGGACCGUGAUCGAGUUCGGCAGCACCUUGCCCUCAUCCUGCAGGACCUGGAGAGCAGCCGGAGACAGACUGCCAACCCCUGGAGAAAAGCCAAGUUCCUGCGAGUGGAGACGGAGGUCAAGAGGAUGCUUGGGAAACUUCAGCAUGGGAGCCUCUAA